UGAGUUAAGAAUGGCGUCUUCAAACCGAGUUCUCCUGUUCAGGUAGCUUACUCCUGUUUGGAACGCUUCACUGCGUUCUCUUUGGCCAUUGCUAAUUAGUAGCUCGUCUCUAUUUUAUGCCUUCCUUCAUCCAUUAGCUAACUGGGUUUCUACCCUGCCUGGUAUGCUGCCCCCACCAAGCCUCUGAGCAAGCCAAUCUCAUUCACCGUAUCGCUGCACUUUCAGCGUGUCGACAACCCAGCAGACACAAGAACAACGUUGCAGUACAAAAAUGAUCCAAGCCACCUCCCAGAGGGAUCCUGAAGUUUCUGCUAGCAGCAGGAAAGAUGACGACGACGACGACGAUGACACAAUAAUAAACCUGCAAUUAUAUCCCUAUUCAGAAGUUGAUGAUGUAAAUGAUGGGGGAAUCCUGAAGCAUUCCACCACCCUGACAAACCGUCAACGUGGCAAUGAGGUGUCUGCCUUGCCAGCUACUUUGGAUACUCUGUCCAUUCACCAGCUUGCAGCUCAGGGUGAACUGAUCUUGUUAAAAGAAAGCCUCCGAAGAGGUGAGAACCUGCUGAACAAGCCAGAUGAGCGAGGAUUCACCCCUCUGAUGUGGGCCUCGGCUUUCGGAGAGAUCGAAACUGUCCGCAGCAUGCUGGAAUGGGGUGCAGACCCCCACGCCCUUGCAAAGGAGCGGGAGAGUGCCUUGUCCCUCGCCAGCACAGGAGGGUACACGGGGAUUGUCACCUUGCUGCUGGAGAAGGAUGUGGACAUCAACACCUAUGACUGGAAUGGUGGAACUCCACUCCUUUAUGCUGUACGGGGCAAUCACGUGAAGUGCGUUGAAGCCUUGCUAGCCCGUGGCGCCGAUCUUACCACUGAAGCGGAUUCUGGCUAUACUCCGAUGGACCUUGCGGUGGCUUUGGGGCACAAAAAAGUUCAACAAGUGAUUGAAAAACACAUUCUCAAGUUAUUCCGGAACAAGGAGAGAGAUGAAAAGCACCUUGGGUCCAAGUGAUGAGCAUCUCAGUUCUCUCUCCUGAAUCAAGGAAGUGGAUGGAAGGGUCGUUCAGACAGGCACCUUCUGUGGGAAUCUGCAGAGAUGGUACAGAACUGGGCAUUUUAAGACAACAGGGUACAGAGAGAAGCACCCGAGUUUUCCCAAGAGAAACUCACCCGUCUUGCAUGGUGGGUUACCGGGACAUCCCGAUGCCACACAUAAUUCUUUUUCUCAAGGAAUUGCUGAUUUACCUCUCCUGGAGCUUCAUGGAAACUUCUCCUGGAUGCCAAGCCACAAAUGGAAGGAAAAAGGAAACUCUUAUCUAGCAGAGCUUCCUUCAAGUUGUACAAAAAACCUACUUGGAGGUACAUGUGUGCAGAAGAGAGGAAAAACUGGGAUUCUAGCAUGAUACGCUUCAGCUACUUAGGAAUUGCUGUUUCCUCAGUUGCUGGGUGUGAAUCAGGGUUGGGUCAAACGAAGUUGGCCGAAAAGCUUUUACAAGAUUCAAGAGAAUUUGUUUUUUACAGACAGAAA